UUCAGCAGCUGCUCGCCUUCAUGGUUGCUACAGACUCGUCUCCAGCGCCGAGGUGAAAACACGGAGGUUCCACCGGGUCCCGGACGCGAUGGUUACCGGUGUCUGUCCUCCGUGUCCCCGCCUCGCUACGCGGAGACUGCGCAGAGCUGUGGAUGCGAAGUGUGGCUGUCGUAGCGUCUCUUUUGUUGCCCCGUGUUUUUACUACUGCUGUUAGCGAGAGGUGUGAGUGAGUGUGUGUGUCUGUGUGAGUGUGUGUGUGUUUGUUUGUGUGUGUGUCUCCGGAAGAGACGAUGAGAGGAUCACACGCAGAGAAACACAAGUUUUCAGACUUAACGUGACGAUGUUUAGUGAAGCUGGUAAAAUGUCUGUGGAGGCGAGUGAUGUCCAGACUGAUGAGGACUGCGACGAGCUGGAUGGCUUUUCAUUCUCGGCUGAUAUUUUGGAAAAGAUAACAAGCAAGAAAAGAUCUUCUAGGAAGCCUCCUUCCCCGAGGUCACCAUACCUCUCCAGCCUGAAUGUGAACCCCAGGAGAGCGGCCGUGGCAGCCUGGAGACUACCCAGGGCGUCCCUGGGAGACACCAGAGGGGAGGCUGCUGGGGAUAGUGGCUCGGCUCUUCUCACGUCCCUCAGCAACGGUCACGAUCUGUCUCCUACGCUAAGAUCCGUGUGCGACGUCACACCAGAGCUGCUCAAACAGACCUUGAGCUCCAGGAAACACAAACAUCUCCACUCCGCAUCCGUCGGCUUUACCGUCAGCCCAGGUGAACACAGAGAGAAGGAGGACAUGUACGAUGAGAUUAUCCGUCUCAAGAAGAGUCUCCAGGCCCAGAAGUCUGACAAUCAGCAAAUGAAAGCAAAACUACGCCGCCUGGAGGAAGAUAACGCCAAAAGAGAGAAGCAGAUAGAAGAACUGCUGGAUCCCACUAAAGGAUCAGAGUAUACUCGCAGUUUGGUGGAUAAGAAAAGAGAGGGCAGUGUGGUUCUGAACGGUCUGAAGCAGAGAAUUCUGAAGCUGGAGCAGCAGUGCAGAGAGAAGGAAAAUGCCCUGAGUAAACUGCAAAGUGACCUGAGGACCACCAACCUGGAGGAGCUGAAGAUCACAGUAGAAACCUACUUUGAAGAGAUCCAGAGACUCCGGACGCUUUUAGGAGCUGCAGAGAAAAGCAGUCGGGCGGAGAGUAAAUGUUCCCAGAGGCAGCAGAAGACUUUAACCUCCACGGUUCAUCGUCUGUCCGAGAACCUGAAGCAGCUCCAACAGGAGAACUCGACUCUCAGGGAGGAGCUCAACACUGACAGUCCUGCUGGAGGAGUCAAAGGUUACAGUGAGUGGAGUAAGCAGAGGCUGCUGCGGAGGCUGCUGGAGCUGGAGAAGAGGCUGCAGGACACCAGAGGCCACACCCAGCCAGCCAACAGCAGCAUCCGAUUGGAUCAGGAGGUCCAGGCCACGCCUGCUGAUAUUCCGGGGUUUACCAUGGCAACAGAGGCAGUGGUCUCCGUGGGAACGAUGACUGAAGAGGAGGAGGAGGAGUUUUCAGAUCUGAGAGAAAACCUCGGCCAAUUGGAGAAGGAGAAGUUUGAGCUUCAUGAGAGUCUGACAAGUAAAGAUGAUGAACUGACACAGCUGAAGACAGAAAGAGAAGAACUGGAGAAAGAAACAGAGCGAUGGAAGGAGGAACAAACACAUGAACGUGACAAAGAGAGACAGCAGCAUCAACAGGAGCUGGAGGAGUUGUUGGUGAGGAUCCAAACUCUGGAGUCUGCCCUAGCCGAGCUUUCCUCUCCCUGCGCCACAACGGCAGUCGACCAUGAUGACGAUACGGGCAGAUCAGGUCUGGAGGAGGGAGAAGAGAUGGACGCCCGAGUUAGAGAGAUGGACGGUGGUGGAGGUGAAGAGACGAAAAGGGAAGAAAGAGAAACGGCAGCAAGCAUCACCCCGACAAACUUGAGGGAGCACAGUAAUAGGGACACUGUGAUGCUGCAGUCUGCAUUAAGAGCUCAUCUUGUCAGAGAGUCACAGCUCAAGAACCUGCUGAAAGAAAUACAGGACAAGACUGUGGAUGCAGCGAGCCGCAGCGAUGCAGCUUCCCCUGUGGGUGGAGACAUGGACGUGGUUGCCUUGACGGUGCUGCAGUCUGCGUUCAGGGGUCACCUGACUCGCUGUAGUCUCGCAGCAGAGAGCUCAGGGUUCUCUGUGCCUUCUCCAGUGGGAAACCGGUUGCCCACACUUGUCCCGAGAAGACCUCGAUCAAUACCUGGCAGAACAGGUGCCGCGUCCCGCCACGACGAUGAAGCGAAGCCGGGUGAUGAAGAGGACUCGCCGCUCGUCUCUUACAUUCACGCCUCCGGGACGACGCCCACCACAGAGCUCCAUUUCACAGCCGAGUCUGGAGGAGCCGCCGCAGUCGACUCGGACGAUUCUGAUGACAUCAUAGUGUCUCCGUCACGACCUCUGAGAAGCAGAGAAGUCUUAAUGUUAUAAAGUAUGUGUGUGUGUGUGUGUGUGUGUGUGUGUGUGAGAGAGCGAGAGAAUCUGUGUGUGUGUGUGUGUGUGAGAGAGAGCGAGAGAGUCUGUGUGUGUGUGUGAGAAAGAGAGAGAGAGAGCGAGUGUGUGUUGGCACUUCUCAGAGCCUAAAUAUUCUGAACCUGCAGAUGAGCAGGAGACGGGGGAGUCAGGGCAGUCUUCUCCUGGGCGGAGGUACACUCACUGCUGAACACCGUUCCAGUUUAGAUCUGUCAUUGUUGUGAUUUAUCAAGAUUUAAGAUCCAAGACUUUAUUGUGCUCAACAAAGUCGCUGGCAAUGAGGUGUUUGGGUCACAGGCUCUCAUUAGGGCCAGAUAUUCUUAGUGGUAGUUUGUUUUUGCCAAAGUGCCUACUGCAUGAACGUUCAAAUUCAGAUCUGAGUGGUACCUGGAUUCAUGUCUGUGAUCCUGACCGACCGGUCCGGGUGAACCACAUCGCCGGUAACUCACACGUUCAAUAACUAACGGAUCCCACGUGUCACCAAACCAAUGUCCUCACACUAAUCUGUCUCACAUGCUAAUGAAACUGUGGCUGAUUCUGAGGUAUGAUCGAGGGAUGAUCGACCAACUGAUGCACUAUUGAGCAAAACUGUGAAUAAAUUAUAGAUCAGCCUGCUGCAAUACUAAACACACAGUGGAGGGAGGAUACACAGGGAGUUUGUAUAAUGCUCUGAUAACAUGUCA